AUGAAUGUCGUAGGAUUAAUAUCAGGGGGAAAAGACAGUAUAUACAACUUGGUUUGUUGUUUUAAAGAUGGGCACAAUAUUACUGCUUUAGCACACCUUAUUCCUUAUAAGAGUCAAAAUGAAACCGACAGUUUUAUGUAUCAAAGUGUGGGGUUUGAACUCAUCCCAUCCAUUUCUGAGUGCAUGGAAAAACCUUUAAUCCAACACCAAAUCAAAAGGAAACCCAUAAGCCUUGAAAUGAAUUAUGUUUAUGAUUCCAACGAUGAAGUCGAAGAUUUGUAUGAAUUAUUGCUCGAGGUCAAGACAAAAUUUCCAAAUAUUAACGCAGUUUCAUGCGGAGCCAUUAAAUCAAAUUAUCAAAAAAAAAGAUUAGAACAUGUUUGUGAGAGGUUAAAUUUGAAAAUUUUAGCGUAUUUAUGGGAAAGAGACCAAAAGGAAUUAUUGCAAAAUAUGAUCAAUGAUGGCAUUGAUGCAAUAAUUGUAAAAAUUGCAGCAUAUGGUUUGAAAAAGGAACACAUUGGAAAAUCGAUAAAAGAAAUGUAUACUUAUUUAGAAGAAAUGAGUAAUAAAUAUGGCUUAAAUAUUUGUGGGGAGGGUGGAGAAUAUGAGACAUGUACACUUGAUUGCUUAUUAUUUAAAAAAAAAAUAGUAAUAGAUGAAUAUGAAGUGAUUCAACAUACACAUGAUUCAAUAUGCCCUGUUUUUAUAUUUAAGCCAUUGAAGUGGAAAAUCCACCCAAAAUAA